CCAUAUUUUUUUCUUCUUUUUGCUGUUCGAGCGCGUGGCAGUUGUCCCCCGUUGUGUUCCCCCGGUUCGGUGUAGUUAUAAUUGCAAUUUUUUUGCAAGUAAUUUUGCAGCCCAGCAUCUUAACGUUGAGGAAGUACAUAUAUCAACACUAUGAAGGUCUACAAGGAUAUUAUUACUGGUGACGAGAUGUUCUCCGACACCUACAAAAUGAAGCUGGUCGAUGAGGUUAUCUACGAGGUGUACGGUAAAUUGAUUUCCCGCACCCAGGACGAUAUCCAGCUUGCUGGCUCAAAUCCAUCAGCCGAGGAGGCCUCAGAGGGCACCGACACCACUACUGAGAGCGGUGUUGAUGUUGUCCUUAACAAUCGUCUGCAAGAAUGCUUUGCUUUUGGCGAUAAGAAAUCCUACACUCUCUACCUCAAGGAUUACAUGAAGAAGGUUCUGGCCAAAUUGGAAGAGAAUGCACCCGACCAGGUUGAUGUAUUCAAGACCAACAUGAACAAAGCCAUGAAGGACAUUUUGGGCCGUUUUAAGGAGCUGCAAUUCUUCACCGGCGAGUCGAUGGACUGCGAUGGUAUGGUGGCUCUUGUGGAAUACCGUGAGAUCGAUGGACAGAGUGUACCAGUUUUGAUGUUCUUCAAGCAUGGACUCGAGGAGGAGAAGCUUUAAACGAUUCCCAACCAAGAGAUGCCAGCAACAGGAGAGACAUACUCACAUCAAGCAUACCUUCUCUAUCUACAUAUAUAUAAAAAAAACACUACAUUAAAAGAACAGACAUUUAGUUACAAUUGUUUAUGCCACAGAUGAUUUAUGUUUGACCAAAAUUUCUUACGAUUUUAUUCUUUUCAAAUAUGAUGUAAAAUGUUAAUUGUAAAAAUGGGGAGAAAACACCGAUAACAAGACGACAAAUAUGUAAGUGCAGGCAAAAUUUUGUAAUUGUAACCAGUCGGCGAACCGUGGGACAGACAGACAGACAAAUACAGUAGAUAAAAUAUAAUUAUAACUAAAUUAUCGUAACUAUUGUAAUUGUGAAACAGCAGCAUAUUAACAUAAUUCAUAUUUUGAUAGCAAAAACUCAAAAAAAAACUGCAGAUUUAUUGUGUAUAUCUUUUCGUUUAUGUUUCAAUUUUUCCCUACAUUUAUCCCAACACAAUGAGAGAAACGAAUUAAAAAGUCUUGCAAAGAAUUAAACGAAAA